AUGCCGACGAUCAACUCGAAGCUUGACGUCGACAACAGCACUAUAGCAGCCAGUACAAACCCACGUUACGCACCACGCAUGACACCACUAAGUGGUUGGAUGCCGUCUUCGAAACAUUUUCGUGAUUUCGUUUCAACCUGUACAUCUAUGCGUGCGUCUGUUGGUGGCCAAGCCCGAAAUAUCGCGCGGGUGGGCCAACCAGGGCACUCCCAGUCCCGAGGAGAGAUUAAUGCAGCACAAGCAUACCCAGUUAUUCGAAGCAUCUGCCCUACACAAUUCUCAGCUGGGGAAUACGCCGUUUCUACGGUCCUUCUGUGCUGUUCUUCGUGUCCACAGGGCGUCGGGGGUCGCCCUGAUCUACGACAUUCAUUUCUUGUGGCGGUGCGCAUGCGUAGUUGAUGGCUGACCCUAGGCAAGCUGGACGGCACUUUCGCCACACCCACACACACACACCCGCUCCGGAUGUGGGCCGUAACUUGUCGCCCUCUGCCAUUCGGCAAAUCAAUGCAGAGAAUGGACGUAGCCAUCGGCGGACGAUCCCAUCUUGGUCUCUCAUUUUGACGAUUAUGUUCAACGGCAAUU